AUGAGGAAAGUGCUUAAAGUUCUCUUACACAGGUUAUCCAUUGAUGACGAGAAGGUGAUACAAGUAGAAGUGCUGCAAACGCUAAUUGAUAUGCUUAAAUGCCCCGACCUGGUAGAAAGCUUUUCGUUUUACAAUGAAUUAUUGAUACUGAAAGUGAUCUAUGCCUACAAAUCGGAUGAUCAAAAAGUCGAAUCUUCCAGCAGCAGCGGCGGUAGGUCUCCAGUCCAUUGGAACGCGGAGAAGUGCGCGGCGACAAUGGCCAUGGUUUUGAAGCCGGAACAAAUUAUCCAUUUGGUCUCCACUAUAAUCGCUACAGAACCGUAUCCGAUGAACAUGGGCGCGAUAAAAAUGUUGCACAAGGUGGUGGAGCAUUGGGGUCGGGAUGCUAUCGAACCUCAUCUUAGCAAGGUUAUGCCUGGCCUUAUAAAG